AUGGCUGAUGUUGUCUGGGUUUUGAAGGCCGCGACUGGUCAUGGUGAACGAACUCAUGGGAUGGGACUUUGGUAUGGGAUUUAUGACAUACGAUCGGGCCAAAUGCAGGGGACAGAUGGUAAGGUUCAGAAAGAAUUCUGCACGCUACUUAAUUCGAUCAUUUAUGGCGUGCCGCGAAGGCGUACCCAGCGGAGGUUGAUUCACCUCUCCCUUCAUCCUGGUGUCGUCACUGAAUACCGACCACAACUCUUACGCGCGAGCCGUAAUCUACUGAACAGGUUUUUGGAUUUCGAGGACGAGCACGUCAUUACGAACAUCAGGCACAUGGCAGGCGAGACGAUCCUCUCCGUCGCAUAUGGAAUUGAAGUGAAGCCCCGAGACGACCCAUACAUCGCCAUUUCGGAAGAGAACGUGAAGGCAGUCACCGCAGCAGCCAUUCCUGGAACGUAUCUGGUCGAUAGCCUUCCCUUUCUGAAAUACAUCCCAAGCUGGUUCCCCGGCGCAGAAUGGAAGAGGAAGGCGAAAGAGUGGAAGGAGUCGUUGAUUGUGAUGAUCAACUCGCCGUUCGAAUCGGUCAAACGGGAUAUUAUGACGGGCUGUGUCCUCCCGUCUUUUACCUCAAAGGGACUUCAGAAGAUUCAAGAGGGAAAGAAAGACGUGGCGUAUACUGAGGAAAUUAUACGGAACGUGGCCGCGGCCAUGUAUUCUGCCGGCUCAGAUACAACAGUGUCUACAAUUUCGUCCUGCAUGCUGGGUCUUCUUGACCACCCUGAGGCUUUGGAGAAAGCACAAGCAGAAAUAGAUGCAAUGAUCAAGCCUGGGCAUCUGCCCGACUUUGAAGACGAACCCAGCCUGCCGUACAUAACGGCCAUCGUAAAGGAGAGCUUGCGGUGGAUGGUUGCCCUCCCUAUUUCAAUCCCACAUUACCUCGAGGUCGAAGACGAGUACCAGGGGUACAGAAUUCCCGCUGGCUCGAUCAUUAUUCCAAACGCAUGGGCAAUGCUUCAAGAUGAGAAAGAGUACCCCGACCCUUCCGUUUUCAAUCCUGAUCGAUUCAUGAAGGACGGAAAACUGAACAAAGAUAUCCGAGAUCCGGCCCAUGCUUGUUGGGGCUUUGGAAGGCGGUACUAA